UUUGUUGCAGCGCACCGCGUUGCCAUUGGAAACAGGCACUACAUUCUAUUCUGGUUUUCAGCAUACUCUGUAUUUUAACCUUUCGCGUUAAAUGGGAAUUAGUUAUAUGAUUGGCGAGUAGGGCUGAUUCAUUUCGGUUCUUUUAUUUACCGCUUAACCUCACUUUUGUAUUAGUCAUGAUUUCAUUUCCUCACAGUUGGUGUGCGAAUAAAUCGUGUUAGCAAAUUAGCCAGCUAGCUAAUGUUAGCACGUCAAGCUAAUCUUCUUGCUCCAGAUAAUCCCACUCUCUCUUAAAGAUUCACCAUCAUUUUUCCCGGUAGAGAAUUUUCUGAUCAGUGAGUGUGUUUUCUGUGGACUACAGUUUGAUAUCUGGACAACGUGACAGAAAUACUAAUACUUGAGUUUUUGCUUUGCAAUUUUUGAAACAACCGUGGUAAAGAAUGGAGAUUCAUCUGAACCGUGUUGAUUAUAUGCAGGUUGGUGUCACAUCCCAGAAGACUAUGAGGCUUCUUCCAUCACUGGGGAAAAAAGCAACUCAAAAGGUUGCUGUUGCUGAUCAUGAUGGCAUCCUUACAUGUUUUGGAAUGAAGAAGGGCGAGACAGUGCCUGUGUUUAAAACACUUCCGGGGCCAAAAAUAUCCAGAAUGGACCUUGGAGGAGCUGCGGGAACUCCACAGGAGAAGAUCUUUGUAUGUUCGGGGUCUCAGGUCCGUGGAUUUACCAAGAAAGGGAAACAGUUUCUUACCUUCGAAGCCAACCUCACUGAAAGCAUAAACGCCAUGCAUGUCUCAGGUGCAGACCUUUUUGUGUGUGCAAGUUACAUCUACAAUCAUUACUGUGACUGCAAGGACCAAGAUUACUACCUUUCUGGGGACAAAAUCAAUGACCUAAUAUGCUUGUCAUCAGAGAACCUGACUUGUCCAUUCCCAGUUCUAGCAUGCCAGGAUCGAGUUCUGAGAGUCUUGCAGGGAUCUGAGCUAGCCUAUGACAUUGAAGUCCCUGGCCCUCCAUCUGUCUUAGAACUCAACAGCAAAGAUGGAGGAGAGGAAAUCCUCUAUGGAACCACAAAUGGAAAAAUAGGAUUGGUCCAGAUUGGUGAACACUCAGCUGCAGUCAAAUGGGAGAUUGACAAUGAUAAAAAGAAAGGAGGAAUUCUUUGCAUUGAUACUUAUGACAUUAUUGGAGACGGGGUGAGAGACGUCCUGGUGGGCAGAGAUGAUGGGACGGUCGAAGUUUAUGGAAUGGACAGUUCCAAUGAGCCCACAUUACGUUUUGAGCAUGUCUUGUCAGAGAGUGUGACUUCGAUCCAGGGAGGCUGUGUGGGGAAGGAGGCUUAUGAUGAGAUCUUGACUGCCACCUACACAGGAUGGAUUACUGGUUUGACCACUGAGCCUCAGAAGGCUGAAGCUGGUCCUGGAGACGAGGUCAAGAUGAGUAAGGAGACUCAGUCCAAAGUGGAAGCACUCAGGGCAGAGCUGGAGCAGCUACAGGUCAAAGUUCUGCAGGGUCGUGAACAGUACCAUCAGACGUCUCAGUCGAGUACAGCCGUCUCUGCUGUGCCCGUUUUCAGCAUCAAUGACAAGUUCACCCUCUGCCAGGACGAUGCCAGCUACAGCCUCACUCUGGAAGUGCAGACCGCGAUCGACAAUCUGCUGCUCCAGAGCGAUGUGCCCAUAGACCUCCUGGAUGUGGAUAAGAAUUCAGCGGUCGUCAGCUUCAGUGAAUGUGACUCAGAGCAGCCGAAUGGGAACUUCCUCCUGGCCACAUAUAGAUGUCAGGCCAACACGACCAGACUGGAGCUCAAGGUGAGGUCCAUUGAGGGGCAGUAUGGCACCCUGCAGGCUUACGUUACCCCGAGACUGCAACCCAAGACGUGCCAGGUCCGCCAGUACCAGAUUAAACCUCUGUCCCUCCACCAGAGGACACACAGCAUCGACCAGGACCGGCCCAUGAACCGGCUCAGUCUGGUGGGACAGUUCAGCUUUGCAGAGAUCCACUCCUGGGUCGUGUUCUGUUUGCCUGAGGUACCGGAGAAAACCCCGGCAGGAGAGAGCAUCACGUUUUAUUUCAAUAAUACUUUUCUUGGCACACAGCUUGAAGCCACCUACUGUAAAGGGGAGGGGCACUUCAAAUCAGACAACAUCUCAACCAUCUCCAUUCUGAGCGACGUUCUCUCCAAAGAAGCAACAAAAAGGAAAAUUAAUCUGAAUAUUUCAUAUGACAUUAAUGAUGACUCUGUGAGCCACACUCUGAGGAUGAUUCACCCAAAGCUGGAAUACCAGUUACUGCUAGCAAGAAAAGUGCAGCUAAUCGAUGCACUAAAAGAACUUCAGGUUCACGAAGGGAACGCAGACUUCCUCAUCCCAGAGUAUCGUAACAUUUUGGAUGAGUCUGCAAAUCUCCUCGAGGAGUAUAAGAAACAGCCAGCACACCUCGAGAGGCUUUACGGUAUGAUCACAGACCUCUUCAUCGACAAAUUCAAGUUCAAAGGCCAGAAUGUUAAAACUAAGGUGUCCUCAUUGUUGGAGAUACUUGAUAACUACGAUAUGAAUUCUCUGUUAGCGUUUUUUACCGAAGCGUAAUAUCAUGUAGAUGACAAAGCUUUGUCUUUAUUUGUAAUGGUUUUGUACUGUACAUACAAAAGUUUUGAUUAAUUAUAGUGACAGUGUUAAUAUGUUGUAUUUGUAUUUAGAUACUAUUUGUUUAUUACACAGUGUAAUAUAUAAAUAUAUACAUAUGUAUGUUUUUGAUAACAUCUGAAAGAGUGGUGAUUAAUAAGCCAAAUCUGAAAUAACAAUUUUAUGCUGCAGUUAUUUUAGUUUGAUGUUGAAAUUUCUAAGCCAGAUAAAAGCACAAGUAAUGUAUGUUUUAUAUCUAAAUUAUUAAAGAAAAAAAGUUAUUGAAAUAUGUGUAACA